CUUCCUUUCCUUCUUCUGCAAUUGGCGUUCAUUGUUGAAGGUCGUGUGUAGGCCUAGAUUUUAGUUCGUAAUUUAUUUUAGCAAACACUAGCCAUGGCUAAUAACGACAACUUUGCCCAAGACGUUACCGAAUCGCAACUAAAUGGAAAUGGUGAAAAUGGUGGAGGAGAUAAUCAACAGGAAAACAGUGCCGAAGCCCCCGGACGCGAUGACGACAGAAAACUAUUUGUUGGAGGAUUGAGCUGGGAAACCACAGACAAGGAGUUACGUGAUCACUUUGGCGCGUAUGGAGAGAUUGAGAGCAUUAACCUGAAGACUGACCCCAACACCGGCAGAUCCAGAGGAUUUGCUUUCAUUGUGUUCAAAGCACCUGAAUCCAUCGACAAGGUUAUGGCAGCAGGAGAACACACCAUCAAUAACAAGAAAGUCGACCCCAAGAAAGCGAAAGCACGACAUGGCAAGAUCUUCGUUGGUGGACUCAGCAGUGAAAUCUCAGAUGAUGAAAUUAAGAACUUCUUCGGCAGUUUUGGCACGAUCAUUGAAGUUGAGAUGCCCUUCGAUAAAACGAAGAACCAGAGGAAAGGAUUCUGCUUCAUCACAUUUGAAUCUGAACAAGUUGUCAAUGACUUGUUGAAGACCCCCAAACAGACCAUCGCUGGCAAAGAGGUCGAUGUGAAGAGGGCAACUCCUAAACCCGACGGUCCCGGAGGCAUGGGCGGGCGCGGAGGACGCGGCGGGCGAGGCGCGCGUGGCGGGCGUGGUGGCCGCGGGGGCUACGGCGGACAGGGCGCGUGGGGCAACCAGGGAUACGGUGGCUACGGAUACGGCCAGGGCGGCUAUGGAGGUGGCUACGACGGCUAUGGAAGUUACGGCAGCUAUGGCUACGACGGCUAUGGCGGCUACGGCGGUUACGAUUACUCCGGCUACCCGAAUUACGACUACGGCGGUUACGGUGGUUACGAGGGCGGUUACAGCGCUCGCUCGGCACCGCGCGGCAAAGUGAAGGGCACCGAAGAUCAGGCUGAUCAAUGCGAUGACUUUACAGCGGGCUACCAAGGUGGGAAGCAGAGGGGAGGCGGUGGGGGUCGCACCAACCAAAGGCACCAGCCUUACUGAGCACCGUCCCUCAAGUACCUGCCGAUAGUCAUCUCACUCCAAUAGUAAGGUUAAGUCACCGGUCAUGAACUCUUCCAACGCAGCGUCUUGCGUCGGGAGCGUCAUUCCAUUCCACAUUACGUUAAGCGAGUAAUCUUUCUAAGAUUUUUAAGAUUUAAAUUAUCGUAUGUAACGUCGCACUUGGCGGCGAUUGCAUAUUUAUUAAUAUAGAUAUGGAAUAGA